GGGGGCGCUCGCGUCGUCUCGGCAGUUCCUGGUGUGUCGUCGUCUGCUGCGGCACGUCGCGGCUCUGCGAGCUACCGAGAUGACACGGAAGCAGAGGUUCUUCAUGUUGGACCAGCUCGCGGUCCAGUGCGGCGAGGAGUGCGUAGGCGAGCGUCCACCGCGUCCAGCACCUUUGCUGUGGUCUCCGUUUACGCUCUUGCCGUUGAUACUACGCCAGAUAACCAUGGGCAUUCAGGUGCGUCGGGUGCUCAAGCCGCGCGCGGCAGCCACUGCCUAUGACCACGCGUCUCAGACGGAGCCGACGCCAACGGUCUGCAGCAACCCCCAGGCCCAGCAGGGUGCCAAGGCAACUGCCCCGCGCAAGAGGACAAUCUACGUGUACAGCCAAAAGCACCUGCUGACCCGCGUCUACCGCAUCUUUGGCCUGCGCCAUGGGACCAUGAUGAUUGCCAUCCAUGAUUUGCUGUGGAGCUCCUUCGUGGUGUUCCUGCUGGUGCUGGCCACGGCGCACUCGCGCGAGGUGUCGCGCAUCGUGGAGGGCGACAUGCAGGCCCACAUGGCGGAGCACGCGGCCGCGGAGCGCGCCGAGCACAUGGCCGGCCUGGGCUCGGGCCUGGCCGACCAGGACAACCAGAACCGCACCUCCUUCUACAUGCAGUACGUGCAGGUGGCCUACGACCAGGCGCGCAGCAUGAUGGCGCACGACAACAACGAGGUCAAGCUGCACACGGGGCUGCACGUCGCCACGAUGAUGACCAUGCUGAUGGUGUUCGGCAUCUCCAUGGCGGGCAUCGACAUGAUCGCCUCCAUGAUGCUGCUCGCCGGCGCGAUGCUGAACGUGCGCCAGCUCAUGAUGCCCUGGCUGUCCCUCCGCCUGAUCGAGAUGCUGCUCGUGUUCGGCGGCACCCUCGUCGUGAUGCUCGUGUACGCGCGGGGCAUCAUGCUGCUCAAGGUGUUCCUGGUGUCCCUGGCGUUGCUCGCCGUGAUCCUGUACCACUGGUCGGCGGCCUACUCCCUGCACGAGCACAUCUGCCGCAUGGAGCGCACCGGACUGGUGCACAGCACGCACAGCGCGCGCCCCAUGGCCCUUAACACCUCCCUCGCCAUGCUCAACACGGCGAGCUGCCCCUGCUCCUGUCCGGGCGUCCCCGGCGGCGGCGCCCAGCGCAUCUGCGGGCCCAGGGUGCUGCACGGCACCGACGGCACCCGCAUGGUCUGGAGCUCCGUCUACAAGUGCCAGCUGCCCGACCUCCGCGACGGCAGCGUCCUGCAGGACCUCCGCGACAGCCUCCUGGACGCCGCCUCCGCCGACAAGAACGACCUGCUGACGGGCAGCAACCGGAACCUGUCCGCCACCACGCCGCCGAUGGACGGCAUGCCCGUCGAACUGUUGGUGCCCAUGGCGAAUGUCGUCAGCAACAACAAGGAGUAGGGUGGCCGUGGCCGUGGGGUCCAGCGCGCGGCAAUGGGGCAGACCCGGCCAGGAGUGGGAGUCGCCAAGAGAUCAAACGAUGCUUUAGACUUUCAUGUCUGUGGCCGGGAGGCGGGAAGGGCGGCAGCGCGUUAGCAGCGAGUAUGCAGCGGACCCAGUCGUGGAAAACUCGUCAAGAAACGACAUCGACUCGACGACGUAUAUUCUCAACGGCGGCACAGUUCCGACCGCGUUUCUCGCUGGGGAGGCUAUUUGUUUGCGCCAGGUUUUCAUUUUCUCUCUAAACAAGACGGCUCUUUGUGACGACCGCGUGUUCUAUAACUGUAGAUGUAAGGAGUAGGCCGCGCGUUAGCAAACGGUGCCAUAUAUUCCACUCCCGAUCCUUAGGUGGGAGGUUUUAAUUGUUCUACACGUCAUUUAGUGGCGAGGAUCAUAUUUAAUGAUUGUUGCCACUUUUCUAUAUACUUUGCGGCAUAGGCUAAUGCCGCGCCGCUUUCAGUUAACAUACAUUUAGCUUUAGCGAUUAAUUUAAAGGCGAGAAGUGUUAGUGUCUCUCCUCGCUAAAGAAUAAUUGCAAUGAAUCGCUUUAGGUGGUUUAGACGAAACUAAGAGGUGUCAGCAGCCAGUCCGCAGAGAAGACACACACUAUGGUAGCAGAUUCAGAUGUUGUGUGCUUCUGCUCUCGUUUUGUUUUUGUUUUUUUCGAAAGAAAAAUAGCAAUGUCGGGUUUGAAGAAUGGAUCUUUUCACAAAAUGAGCCACUGUGGCACCUCCCCUUUACGCGCCCCCUCCCCUUUUUCCCCAAUUCUCUCUUAAUUUGCGUGUUUUGCUUCCCCAACUAUUUAUUGGAAACCUUUCUCCAGAACUGUACAAAGUGCCCGACAGAAGACACGCACUACUUGGACUGAUUUUGACAGAUUAUGCGAUAUCUUAUGUUAAUGUCUUCUCGUACCUGCAGAAGUAGGUUUGACGGUGUCCCCAGAAUGAACGUUUCACGAGGCGACGCUAAUGAUAGCGCCUGUAAUGCGCUGGGUAGGCCCACCCGCCAGGCAGCCAUGUGACGCCGGCGGCCCGCGCCCAGCGCGGCAGGCGCGCGGGCCUCGGGCAAGAGAACAUUAGACGACCAACGUUCCCUCGUGUCAACUCGGGGGACUUUCAUUGUCCUUGAGGCAGACCCUAACGCGACUGACUCUUAUACUCUGUUUAUUUCAACAGUGACUCAUUAUGAAUGAAAGAAGUCGUUUCGGUUUCUAGGCAUGUUUACGCCAAUUAUACUGUUCUGUGUGUGAUUUUGCACAAAAUUACUGUUAUUCGUAUUGAAAGACAUUGCAUUACCCUAAUGAAGAUUGAGUUACUACAGAGCAAGAAGGGUGCUCACCUUGUUUUAGACUGUUAAACAUUUUCAGUAAGAGUAAGAUCUGUUUUUAACUAGUUUGUAGUAGGUUUAUUUUUUCUCCAAAUAUCAAGUUUAUCAGUAUCUUCAUGGUACACGACUUUUAUGUUGGUCUCGAAUGUUGGUUGCAACGACAACCGACAUGUACGAAACAUGCACAGAACGGCUGUGAUUGCUCGAUGUGAUUUGAAAAGUUGAAUAAGUUAUGUAUAAUUUAGAAGUAUUGAUGAGUAAACUAGACCAGGUACGGACGGGCGCUCGAAGGACAGCGUAAAAAGGAGCGCAAGUUUUAAACAGCCUUGAGUUGAUUUUGAUUUUAUGUUUAUAGGAAUUUCUCGCGAACGAAAGAGAUGGCAUGCCCGAUUGCUCCCAUGCAAUAGUCUGAAACUGUACCGUGGAAAUAAUGUCCAUGAUUCAUGUGCGGGUCUCGGAUCAGCGUGCCAAAAGGACUGAUUAGCUAGGUGUGCCCGUCCCCUUGUCUAUAUGUUUAUAAAGUUUCGCUGUGAAAGAAGGAAAAGUUGUGGUCGUGCUCGUUCCGCUCAGGCCUAAGGGUUUUGUCAAGAAAUACACAAGAAAAGCGUGCCAAAGUAAUGUAGCAGAUAGGACGGCCCUCACUUGAGUGAAAUCGCCAUAAUGGCAUUCCCUGUUUUGACACGUUCUCUAUCACUUAUCUCCUAAAGUGAUUCAAGAAAUUAUCACCAUCACAAUACAUAUCUCUGCUGUAGUCCUCUUCAUUUCGUUCUUCUACAAAACAUCUUCAGUAUAUUCAUUUUCAGUAGCCGAAAUUUACUUUUAAACAAAUGACAAAUAAUGUUAUUUUUCAUCAAGAUUCCAGAACUACUGUUUUCCAUAUUGUCUAACCAAACUAUAUUUCUAGAUGCUUCCACACUAAAAAGCACGUGGGUGUUUUGAUCUCUGUCAGUUCCUUACGGCCCAGAGGAAGACACUCAACCUCAAACUUUUCUCUAUGCUAGAAAAUAUAUGUGUUAGUCUAUCUGAACGUGUGAUGUUAAAAGAUAAUAAUGAAAAUAAUAAAGAAGACAUGCCUACACGGUUCAAGACAAAA